AUGCCGUUAGCCGGAGAAGACCUUGUCGGAAAGACUCGCUCACAGCUUGUCGCCCUCAUCCCUCGCGACUCGCUCUACAACCUACCACCCACGACUCAAGAUCCUUCACCGACUGAUAUCUCCGCCGUCGAUGAGGACGACGACGAUAAUGACCCGAAUGACUCGACUCAGAUCUCUGAGAACGGCGAGCCCGCCAACGACAGGCGGUGGGAUGAAUCCGCUGCCGCUCAUCAGCCCACAGCAACCAUCCGUGCAAGUGACGACAUCAAUGCAAUAUCCUUGGCAACAGACCAGCAUCGCCGCUCAUAUCUAGGUGUCACCUCCAUGAGUGCCGUGCUCAGAGCCAUCUUCCGUCUCUGCCCAGUCGCCAAAGAACACACCGCCCAGCGCGCAAAGUCAUGGACAGAGUCCUCAUCGUUGCCGCAUUAUCAACAAAGCCUGCCCCCUCUCUCUAUCCUCAACGCAGCCAGUCAAGGAAUGAAUCCGCUCCGCGAGCAACGCUGCAUCGAGUUCUACUUUGAGCACAUCCACCCCAUAACACCCAUCCUGAAUGAAGACGACUUUCGCAACACCUACGCCGCAGGCAACCGCCACGAUGACUCCUGGCUAGCUCUUCUCAAUAUGGUCUUCACCCUCGGCUCCGUCGCCUCAGGGAGUGACACACUACACGUACAAUAUUAUAAGCAAGCACGCGCCCAUCUCGGUCUCGACUCUCUGGGGUCAGGGAACAUGGAGAGUCUUCAGGCUUUGUGUCUUCUCGGCGGCUACUACCUUCACUACCGCAACUCACCCAACAUGGCAUACGCAGUUCUCGGUGCUGCUCAUCGCGUGGCCAUUGCCCUUGGCUUACAUCGCGAGCCUGUCCGCAGUCACCGCCAUGCCGCCGAGCACACCGCCGAACACCACAGUAUCCGCACCGAGACCCGGCGACGGACAUGGUGGAGUCUCUUCUGCCUCGAUACCUGGGCCAGCAUGACUCUCGGCCGGCCGACUUGCGGCAGAUGGGAUAGCAGCACCAUGGACACGCUUCUACCAACCCCCCUCACUCCAGACGACCAUGUCGCAGCGUCCCUGAGAGCUAGUUGCCACUUCUGCCACAUCUGCGACCGAAUCCAGCAUCGCUUCGCCCAGCCCGCGCGGCUCUCCGCCCACGAGGCGCUGUCCUUCGACCGCGAGCUCCGCGACUGGCACGCCUCUCUCCCCGAAGCACUCAAGAACCCGGCCAACUCCUCGCCGAGGUUGACUGUCGCCCGGGAGUUCAUGCGGAACAGAUACCUCAACGUCCGGCUAAUCCUCUCCCGCUGCUUCCUACUAUACCUCGCCCACGACCACAGCCUCAAACGGGGCAGCACUUCCACAACCAGCGACAUCGCCUCAAACGUCUCCCAAGAGGAGCUCUCCCUCGUCGAAUCGUGCCGCGCCGUCGCCUCAGAAGCAAUUGACGCCAUCACGCUCUACUGGACACCCAACCGCGUCCACGUGUGGAACUCUGCGUGGUAUCUCUUCCAAGCAUGCAUGGUCCCCUUAUUAUCCAUCGCGAUCGAAACCCACCGAGCAACGGCAGCCCGCAAACACCAACACCAAAACGCCCAAAGACGGACAUCGGGCGCAUCGACCUCGGUCCCGAUAACCUCAAUUACAACACCAAAUCAUCCGCCUCCAGCAGUCGCAGGCUCUCCAGAUACCGUAGCCUCUGUCGCCUUGCAAACAUGGUGCGCAAGUCUGACCAAGGCCCUGGAGCUCUUCGCCGAGAUGCGCCCUUGGAUGCGUGCCUCAGACAGGGCUCCAGAUAUUGUGGCAGCGCUGUAUGAAGCAGUCACCGCGGAAGUCGAGGGCGGGUCCAACGCGGGGUCCACGAUUCGGACACCUUCGGCGACCACGGACGGAGGGAUGGAUCUGUUCGGAUGGUGCGAUGAGCAGCUCACGGAGCUGGACUGGAGCACGUUCCUCGGUGGCGGGAGUGGGAGCGGGCUAUCAGCUGGGGACGACCAUUUGAUGUUUUGA